CAGAUUAGGUCAAGUCCAGUGCAUGCCAAUGCUCCUCGAGAGCUCACAAUGCAUGAUUUGGUGCACGAUCUUGCAACGAUAAUUUUGGGUCAUGAAUCUAUUGUUCUAAAUGCUACUGAUCCGAGGACUAGGAAGAAAGCAAAACGUCGUUAUUGCCGACAUGCACAGUUGAUCAACUACCAGAAUCAGUAUAAGGUUUUCAAUUAUCUGCCAGGCAACAUCAGAUCCUUCCAUGUAAGACAUUCAGAGAAACAGCAGCUUCCCCAGAAGGCAUUUUCCAGAACCAAGUACAUACGGGUCUUGGACAUAAGUGGAUGUUUAGUUGUGGGGCAAUCUACUCCAAGCAACAUACUUUUGCCAUGUUCCGUGCUUCAGUUGAAGCUACUUAGGUACCUUGAUGCCUCUAGCCUGCCAAUCACAUCACUUCCUGAGUCUUUCCAUUCACUUCAAAAUAUGGAAACUCUAAUUCUGUCCAAUUGCUCACUUGCAACCUUGCCUGACAGUAUCUGUAGCCUCAACAAACUCUGCUAUUUGGACCUAGCUGGCAAUGCGAGCCUCAGUAAGCUCCCUGACAAUUUUCAUCUUCUUAACAAACUCAUGUUCCUAAACAUGUCUAGUUGUUCCAAGCUAACCGAACUUCCUGACAAUUUUAGCCUGGAGUGUUUAGAACAUUUAAACCUAUUAGGUUGUCAUGAGAUAAAAAAUCUACCACAAGAUUUCGGCAAUCUUGAAAAUCUUAGGUUCUUGAACCUUUCUGAUUGCUACAAGAUUUCAGUUCUACCAGAAUCAUUUUGCCAACUGAAGCAUUUGAAAGACCUAAACCUUUCAGAUUGCCGUGCCCUUAUAGUAGUCCCUGAGUGUUUUGGCGACCUUUCAGAACUUGAAUCUUUGAACGUAACAAGUUGUCCCAGGCUAGCACGGUUGCCUGAGUCAGUCUGCAAGAUGACUAAUCUGAAGUGUCUCAAUUUGUCAUAUUGCUUAGGGAUGCUAGAGCUCCCCUUGUCACUAGGUGAUCUUAAUCUCCAAAUAUUGGACAUUUCUGCUGGUGCUCUCGGUCACUUGCCAGAUAGCAUCAGUAAAAUGGCUAGUCUCACCCAAUUUGUGGUCACGUCAGGACAUCCUAGGGUAUUUGGAGAAGCCCAGGAAAUUAAGAAGAGUCUAAAUUUACCAGGCCGCACAGUACACAGAGUACGCAACACAGGAAGAUACAACAGUAUUGUUGAGCUUGGACAUGUGAAUUGCCCUGAGCUGUUAAUUCGAUCGCUUCAGCGUGUCAAGAGACCGGAAGAUGCAGAGACAAUCAAGCUGCGUGAUAAAUCAUGUCUUAGACAGCUAGCUCUCCAUUGGAAUCAGAAGAAUAUGAAUGCUGAUGCAUCCUCGGCUGAAUCUAUUUUGGAGAGGCUCAUACCAGCUCGAAAUCUUGAACAGUUUAUGAUACAAGGGUAUAUGAGCAAGGGUUUCCCUAACUGGAUGUCGCACAUAUCCUCCCACCUCCCUUCUGUUACCUAUCUGAGUCUUUUUGAUUUAGGUGCAUGUGAUAAUCUUCCUCCAUUUGGGCAGCUACCAAAUUUAAGAAGUCUAUAUCUGCAGAAAAUUCCCAACGUCACGAAAAUUGGCAAGGAAUUCUAUGGAGAGGGUGGAACUUGUACGAAAUUAAGAUUGCUACAGUUGAAGUCGAUGGACAAUUUGGUGGAAUGGUGGACAACACAGACAGGCGAAGAAGAUGGAGAAUUUUUAAUCCCUAAUUUGCAUAAUCUAGAGUUGAAGGACUGCCCAAAGUUGAAGUUCCUACCAUAUCCCCCCAGAAGUAUGUUUUGGAUCUUGGACAAUAGCAACGAGGCUUUGGCAGGACCAAGACUUGGAUUUUGGGAACUCUCGUCUUCCACUCUUCCUUGUCGCAUGGGUAUAAAAAAUUGCAUCUUUCGUUCUUCCGAGUGGUGCAUACUACAGCAAUUCCCCGCUCUCGAAGAAUUCUCAUUGACCUCCUGCCGCGGCUUGAGGGCCUUGCCAGAGGCCAUUAGCUGCUUCACCUCUCUCAAAAAACUAAGUUUGAUGUCGUUGGAGGACCUUGAGAUGCUGCCGGAUUGGUUGGGAUAUCUCCCUUCUCUACAAGUCUUGGGCAUAAAAGAUUGUCGCAAUUUAAGAAUAUUGCCUGCAAGUAUGGGAAAUCUCACUGCUCUGAGAGUACUAAUGCUUCUCGAGUGCGAAGGACUAUAUAGGUUGCCGGAAUGGCUAGGACAGUUCAGUUCCCUGCGAGAACUUCACAUCAGAGACUGUUCCAACAUCACAUUUUUGCCUGAAAGCAUAAGAAACCUUACUGCCCUGGAGGAAUUGUACAUUUCUGGAUGUUCAAGUCUGGUCCAUAGGUCCCGAAGGGAGGAUGCAUGUAAGGUUUCUCACAUCCGUAAAGUAAUAUUAGAGCCAGAGGAAGAACCAAAUGAAGAAGGACAAGAAGAAUUAUUAGCGCAAGAAGAAGGACAAGAAGAAUUAGAGGAAUCAUGUAUGGAUAGCCUAUGGAGAGAAUUAAGUGAAAGAUGGUCAAGACAUAGAGAGGACCGAGAAGAACUAGAGAUGUCGGACUCAGACUCUGAACAUCUCUAUCGUUUUGGGCAAGAAGAUUCAGAAAAUGAGGAUGACGAGCAAGAAUAUUGGGCAAACGAGGAUGACAAGCAAGAAGAUUGGUACCUAUAAGAUCUCAGUAGUUUGCUAUCAACAUAUGCCGAAUAGUGAGUUGCUGUGGAGACCUCUGUAAUUUGCAAUCACAAUCUUAUAGGUACUCAACUACAAAGUUACUCCCUCUGAUCCAAAAUAAGUGUCGUGGUUUUAGUUGAUCGGAGGGAGUACCAAGUACCAAUUUUCUUUUUCAAGAAAUAUAGUACAAAGCAGAGCUUACAUACACGCAUGUACAAUCUGACCAUGAUGUUAUCUGUAAAAAAAAAAUACCGCGUUAAAAACA